AUGAAUGGAACAUCUGAAGCGUUUUUGCACGCAGUUGCAACAGAGAAUCAAUUAAAGCGAUCAAAUGAUUCCUUGCUUGUAUUCUCGUUAAUUUACCUAGUAAUGAAUGUCUUACUAAUACGAUCAGCUGGUGCAGUCGGAUUAAUUGCUGCAAAUUCCUUGAAUAUGAGUUUUAGGAUUAUUUACUCAGCGGUAUUCAUCAGACAUUAUUUUCAGGAUUCUUCCUCGUUUUCCUUUCGUAGCUGCUUGCCUUCAGGGUGGACAUUUCUGUUAUUUUCAGCUGUAGCCACUCUCAUUUCAGAGAAAAUAUUUCUUGACCAGGAUAACUUCUGGCCAACAUUUUUCAUUCACUUCUCUGUUGGAUUGACUUGUUUCUGCGUGGCAGCCUUUGUCAUCUAUCACCGUGAGAGGCCGUUUAUCAACAAAAUUUUGCGUUUCCGAGACCAUGCUGACUGAAGCAGAUAAAUUUUGAACAUUCUUCAAGGUCAGACUUGUUUAAUAAUUUGAUUGUUUUUCACUCCCUUGAUCAUCUCUCUGCAUGCAUGGGUAAAAGCUGAUAUAAAAUGCUUCUUGGUGCAGCAAAAAGGAAGAACUUGACAGAAUUCAACUCAUUCAUUUAUUUUAGAAAUAAUAACAUGAUAUCAACGUUAUAGCGGGGGGUGAAUUGUGUUGUUUACUUGAAUAACUUAAUCAGUGCAGUCAUUUUGAUGGAAGCUUUAUUGUCCGUACAUGACCAUUUCAUGCUUUCUCCUCUAUUCGUUAUAAUUGAGUUAGGAUCUUGAAGCUUGAUUGAAUUUUCACCAAUUUUGUAGGCUCUUCCUUUAGAUUUCCAAGGAUAGAUGAGGAUAGAGAGGAUUGGUAAAGAAUAUAGAUGUUGCAUUUUGCAGAUUUGGUUGCAUUUGUGAGACCAUAUUCCUCACUUACAUGUUUUAAUGAAGUUGAGAAAAGGCUAAGUGGCACCAACAGCACUGGUGUCUCCACGCCAUGGCGUGCACUGCCAUUCCCACCAUCAUCUGUUAUGUAUCACGAACACCACUCCACGCAGACUAUGCACAAAUGUUGUACUUGUUUGCUUGUGUUUCUUUUUUUGGAGCGAUAGUGAGUGCUCAUCCAUCCUAAUGAUACAUUAUGGAUUUGAGUCCAGAAAUCCUCUUAACAAUAGCGGUAAGAUUGUCUACAAUACUUCAAGAUAGUGGUAAGAAUGUCUAUAAUUUAC